AGGUGUUUCAGUUUCAUUGUCCAGCCCCUGUACGUCUAUGUAAUGAAUCUGUAUAAGUUAAAUUUUUUUAAUGUAUUUACUGAAAUAAGUAUGGUCUAAUUUAUUGAAAUGCAGGUGCUUUCAGUGCUCAUGUGUCUUUUCUGAACAUAAGAAAUAGAGGAGGUUAUUUAACAUGCUCUAUUAUUUAAAACAAGAAUUCUAAGAAACGAAAAAAAAAUAACCCUGGUUUAAUUGAAUUAUAUGGAAGAAUUAAUUUAAUUCAUGAGACUGGGAGUAGUUUGAUUCCUGAAGGAAAAUAUAAUGUAUUUAUCAUUAUUAUUAAGCACUGCAUCCCUGCUCUCCUUUGUUAGCAGUGAGGUUUUAAAUGGUGAUGUCACCGGUCAGCGGAUAUCUCCACACUGUCUCUUUAAUUUCAGCGCAGUCCAGGGGGCAGGAUCGCGUUUUUCCACCCCUUCUUCCCCUUCUCGUAGUGUUUGCGCCAACCGCAGCAGCAGCAGGCUGAAUGAGGAGUUUCUGGAGGGUGCUGGUCACACAGGAUACUGCGCUGGCUAACUCAAGAUACCAGGGAUGUACAGCCAGAAUGCAUCAGUAUUUCUCAGUUCCUCAUAAGGCGGAUUAUUUCAGCAUCACCGUCUCCCUUUCAGCCCACUUUACAGUAGCCCGGGGGCCUUGAGGAACCCUCCUCUCCGCCUUGAUGGUAUCUGGAGAGCGGCGCAGCGUUCCGGAGAUCCGCAGCUCAGCUCUUUGGGCUUCUGAUUAGGACCUUGAGGUGGGGGGGAGGGAGGGAGGCGGUCAAGAUGGCAGCUGUGCACGGGGUGAUGGAGUUGUGACGCGGGGGGCUCGUUUGCUUUUGCCUCUCGGGACUGGAGUGCUGGACGCGCGUAAGGGAACGCCGUUUGGAAUAGACUCCGCUGCACGACCGCUUCUUUCUCUCCACGUUUAGCUCAGCUGAAGCGCAUGCUGAUCAGGGUGUGGGCUGUUCACGACAAAAGGCAAUGUUUUGUUGACGCUGAUUAGCGCUGUUGGCUCCGUGUGCUGCGGAUCGACGCUGAUAGACAGACGGACACGUGCUGAGGCUGGGCUGCGGGAGCAGAUUUGCUUACCUCGUUGCACAGUAAACAAAACUGUUCCUGAAGCCUGCACACAACAUUGAUGGAAUGCGAGCCGACUGAUUUUGCAAUCUCCCGUGCAGCGACCGAGAUAUUGCAACUAAUAUGGCAGAGGCACCGCUUAACUGCGAGGAGCCUCCCCCGAACGUUGAGAUAGAUCCGGAUUUCGAGCCCCAGAAGCGGCCGCGGUCCUGUACCUGGCCGCUGCCCCGUCCGGAGUCCGGGGCGGGCAAGCCUGGGGCGAAUGACGCUGACGUAAUCCCCGAAGAGGAGGAUGACGAGGGUGGCAGCGCGGAGAACGGCUCUGUGCAGAAAGACGGCAGCUUGGUUAAAGACCCGAGCAGCAGCAGCUCCAUCUCCCAGCCGCUGGAGGUCCAGCGCGGCCCCCGCAAAGAGGAGGCCGCCAACGGAUCCCCUUCCUCUGCACAGAUCCCCGGUGCUGCUCUCUGCGGCUCUGCCUCCCAGCAGCUGAGGAAGUCCUCCGCCCGCCGGAACGCCUGGGGCAACUACUCCUAUGCAGACCUCAUUACCCAGGCCAUCGAGAGCUCCCCGGAAAAGAGGCUGACCUUGUCCCAGAUCUAUGACUGGAUGGUGAGGUCUGUGCCAUAUUUCAAGGACAAAGGCGACAGCAACAGCUCUGCUGGCUGGAAGAAUUCCAUCCGUCACAAUCUGUCCCUCCAUAGCCGGUUUGUGAAAGUCCAGAAUGAAGGAACUGGGAAAAGCUCAUGGUGGAUGGUUAACCCAGAAGGUGGUAAAGGAGGCAAAGCUCCCCGUCGCCGGGCCGUGUCGAUGGACAACAGUAAGUACAUUAAGGGAGCCCGAGGACGGGCCACCAAGAAGAAGGCCUCUCUGCAGGCUUCACAGGAAGCUAGCUCUGAGAGCUCAUCCAGCCUCUCCAAAUGGACGGGAAGUCCAACGUCCCGCAGCAGUGACGAGCUGGACGCCUGGACAGACUUCCGCUCCCGGACCAAUUCCAACGCCAGCACGAUCAGCGGCCGUCUGUCCCCAAUCCUGGCUAACCUGGAGCUGGAUGAAGUGCCAGAUGAUGACUCCCCCCUCUCCCCCAUGCUGUACUCCAGCCCUAGCAGCAUGUCCCCGUCCACAGGACCCACAGGACUCUCUGACAUGGCCGGCACAAUGAAUCUGAACGAUGGGCUGUCGGACAACCUGAUGGACGACCUUUUAGACAACAUCAGCCUGACGGCAACUCAGCAGCCUCCUCCUGGAGAGGAAGACUCUGGAGCAAUCAGUCAAGGAGGCUCAGUGUUUACCUUCAGCUGCUCUAGUAGUGGCCUGGGCAGUCCCUCUGGAAGCUAUGGGCCAAACCCUCUCUUCAGCCCCACCUCCAUCACAAGCCUGCGGCAGUCACCUAUGCAGACCAUCCAGGAGAACAAGCAGACCACCUUCACUUCUAUCUCACAUUUUAGCGAUCACCAGACCCUGCAGGAACUGCUGAGCCUGGACUCCCACAGCCACAACAACGUUAUGCUCACCCAGUCCGAUCCCCUGAUGUCACAGGCCAGCACCGCCAUCGCCCUGCAGAACUCUCGCCGAAACGCUAUGCUGCUCCGCAAGGACCCCAUGAUGGUGAAUCCCAGUGGCGGGGGCCAGGCCCAAAGCACUUCAGGGCCUGGUUGGCAAGCUGGCUUGUCAACCCCUGACAAUGAUGAAAGUGCCCACAGGGACAGCAAGCCACCGCAUCUGAAGUCUCCUGGCAAGAACGCCUCGAUGCAGGACCGCUUCCCCGGGGAUCUGGAUCUGGACGUGUUUAACGGCAGUCUGGAGUGCGACAUGGACUCAAUCAUCCGCAACGAACUGAUGGAUGCAGACUGCCUGGACCUGAGCUUCGACACCCGCCUCGACUCCACCUCCACCCGGAACGCCAACAGGAACUCGGGAACCUUCUCUGGCUCGAAACAGACAUCCCCGCAGAGCUGGGUGCCGAGCUGAGGAGCAGCCAAAGCUCAACCCGAGCGGGGCAAACAUGGAAAACAUGGGUUCAAUGUCCUGCAUUGUGGACCUAGAGGGUGAAUGUGUAUCUAUGUAGUAUUUUCUUCCAAUGUUUUUACUAUGAGGCAUUUAGUGCGGUACUGUAUUUUAAGUGUCUGAGACACACAGCAGUGUCUUUGCAGCAAAGGAAAAAAAAAAACAGCUCAAUGCCAGGAUGAUGGGAGGAACAGCGUUGACAGAAAGCAUCAACUCAUGUUAGUCUCAGGGAAUCACUCAUAUCACCAACUGAUUGGUGAAACUGAAGAUGAAUUGUGUUUUCCACCUGCUUUCUCUCCUCUUUCACCACCUUUCAUACCUAGACCAACUUUUUUUGCCAAACCAGCCGUCCGCCUCUUGCCGACGGCCUGUUUACAGGAGAGAAAAAAAAAGCUACAGAGAACGUUGCAUUAUUCCGUGCAAGUGGAGGAUACUUGACAAGCUUUUUUUCUGAGGUUUUCCUCGAUAGACAUUCCCCGAAUGGACUGGGAGUUUGAAAGUGUUUGUUUCCCUACUAAUGCACGGAGUUGAGCACUAAAUAUCGGUCUGUGAAGGGAUAAAAUCUUACCAAGAUGUGAA